CCAUCAAAAAUACAGAGCUAUUCUGAAGAAAGAAAAGCGAAAAAAAAAGCGGCAGGCACUUGCAAAACUAAGAGACUCAGAGGCUACGGGAAAAGAUGAAUCGGUGUCUGAGGAGGAAGAGGAGGAGCUGGAAGAAGAUGAGGAAGAAGAAGAAGAAGAAAAAAAACUUGAGGAAGAAAGGCAAAAACUACAUGAGCAGUGGUUGCUGAGAGAAGAAAAAGCCCAAGAAGAGUUCAAGCUUAAGAAAGAAAAAGAAGAGGCUGCAAGAAAACGUCAAGAAGAAGAAGAGGUGAUGUAUCAACUGAGUGUUACAAUUGUGUCUGGCAAUAAGGUAGACUUAGUGUAAUGUCUUUUACUGUUCUGUGGUGGACCCAGUUUUCUUGAUAGGAAGAUCAAAGAAGAAUGGGAAGAGCAGCAAAGAAAAGAGAGAGAACUGGCACAGCAGAAGCAACAGGAGAAGAAAGAGAGAGAGGCAGCUGUGCAGAGGAUGCUGGAUCAAGCUGAAAGCCAGCUGGAGAAUGGUGCAUCCUGGCAUAACCCAGAGCCCCCAGAGAAUAUAGGAACAGAGAAGGAUCGAGCAAAUUGUCCAUUCUAUAUUAAAACAGGUUCCUGCCGAUUUGGAGACAGGUGUUCUCGCAAGCAUAACUAUCCAACAUCUAGUAAGACACUACUCGUCCGAGGGAUGUUCAUUACUUUUGGCAUGGAGCAGUGCCGGAGGGAUGACUACGACACGGACGCAAGUCUCGAGUACAGUGACGAGGAGACCUACCAGCAGUUCCUGGAGUUCUACGAGGACGUGCUCCCCGAGUUUCAGAAUGUGGGGAAGGUUGUUCAGUUCAAGGUCAGUUGCAACUAUGAGCCUCACCUGCGAGGAAAUGUGUAUGUCCAGUAUCAGACGGAGAAGGACUGCCAGGCAGCUCUUGCUCUCUUCAGUGGACGAUGGUAUGCAGGCCGACAGCUUCAUUGUGAGUUUUGUCCUGUGACAAGGUGGAAAACUGCUAUAUGCGGCUUAUUUGAAAGGCAGAAGUGUCCAAGAGGGAAACACUGCAACUUUCUUCAUGUAUUCAAAAAUCCAAACAAUGAGUUUUGGGAGGCCAAUAGAGACAUACGUCUUUCUCCUGAACGGACUAGUCUGUCUAAAAACUCUGAAAGGAGAAACAGAACGAGCCAUCGUGAUGACUAUUACAGCCGCUCAAGGAGAAGGGGCAGCCCAAGCCCUGACCAUUCUUACCGCAGAAAUGGAGAAUCUGAGAGGAAAAAGAAUCGCCGCAAAAACAAGAGAAGGCGCCGGUCUGGGAGGUCGAGAAGUCGAGAAAGGAGGAGGUCUCACAGCAGGGGGAGGAAGAGGAGAGGCCGCAGCCGCAGCAGAAGUCAUAGUCGAACACGCAGCAGGAGCAGAAGCCGGAGUUCCUCUCGAUCCAGGAGCAGGGGUAAAAAGAGAUCGAGCAGCAGAGGAAAAAAUAGUGAGACUCCCAAAACAAAGUGAGAAUUACUUUUAGAAGUUGCUAAUUGAUCAAACGUAGACCUGACAAAGAAACCUUUCCAAUAGGGCACGAGAUAUAUUUGAGUUUCAAAUAAAGUGUUCUUGCACAUUAAAAUGUUUCUUCCUAAUAAAGGAACCUAGUUUAUUGUGUGCUAAGCUUCAGAAAAUUAAAAGUUUAAGUCCUCUAUAAGGUGUGAAUGUCAAGUACUCUAGCUACUCUGUCCCUCUGAAGUGCUGCAACAUCUGGAUGCAUACCGAGUACAAACAGAAAGAGAAGUAAAGCUUAUUUGGU